CCUUACUAGAUUCUCUUGAAAACUUUAUUGAAACAGUGUCCGCUUACGUGGGCAUUGACAGUAAUGGCAGUUUUGGCUUUGCUUGUCAAAAACCUUCCCCAACUCUCUCUCUCUCAUACACACAACUGAAGCGCCUCACCAACUCUGGAAGGUUUCACACUCCGGCCCAUGAAACAGCAGCAUCCCUCUAUGCUUCAUGAAGAUAAAAGUUCAGAAUUCAUUUCCAUUUCUCAUAAGUGCCAUGGGAAAAAACAGUUCUCGACAGGAGAUGUUGCUCUUCAUCCAGGUUCAGUUGGAAUUCGUGCUCCAACAAGUGCAACAGGUUCAACUAAACAACGUCUUCGUUGGACACCUGAUCUCCACGAUCGAUUUGUCGAGGCCAUUGCACAACUUGGAGGGCCCGAUAGGGCAACACCUAAGGGUGUGCUGAAGUUCAUGGGUGUUCAGGGGAUCACAAUAUUCCAUGUUAAGAGCCACUUGCAGAAGUAUCGGCUGGCAAAGUAUAUUCCAGAUUCAUCAAAUGGAGGAAAGUCAAAUAUUAUGAAAGAAGUGGAAGUUGCUAAAGAUAAUGACUCACACCAUGGAGAUGAGAUCAAUGAAGCAGUUCAGAUGCAGAUGGAGGUUCAGAAGAGGUUGCACGAACAACUAGAGGUGCAGAGACACUUGCAGAUGCGUAUUGAAGCACAGAACAGAUAUUUGCAGAAAAUAAUAGAGGAGCAGCAACAGCAGAACAGGCAACAAGAUUCACCUGCAGAAAGAAGUCUUCCUUCUGCAAUGAGAACUGUAAAUCUAGUUGACGGCACAGACAAUGAGUUUGCAGUUAACAUGAUUCCUAGAUGGCAAGGCCAAACAGAUGAUCUGAGAACUGAGUCUCAUUUCAGGCCUAAGGAGAAAUCCCCAGUUGAUCUCUUUGAAUUGGCGCCUAAACGACCCAAGUCAAGCAUUGAAGGUGCAGAAACUAGAGUCGGUGCUUUUGUAGCCAAGAGUCCAGACUCUGCCAACAAGCACCCUCCUCUCAUGUCAUCAUCUGAAAUGGAAGCAUUCCUCAAGCGGUUGUAAACAAGGUCCACUACACUGCAUGGGAUAUCAUUAGUGAUGAUGGUGACACUUGCGGGGACGAGAGAUGGUGGUGGAUGCUGCACUGACAGUGGCUUGAAAGUCGGCAUAAUUUUUCAUUUGACCUGAUGCAUUCAACCUGGUACCGUAUUCACCAUUUGCCUCAGCUUCACUCUUGAGCUGGCUGGCCCCAUUAAUCAACUUUUUGUCUAUAGCUUGUAAUAUUUUCUUGUUUUUAGUGCUAAUUUCGAUCUGUAAAUCUCUUUGCUGGUAGUAUCAAAUACAAGCACUCUUCCCCUUC